GAGACGGCGCGCUGCGGCCCCCGCCCCCUCCCCGAGCUGCAGCCUGGGUUCUGCUUUAAAGGCUCAACGCAGUCCCACGAGGAGGCUGUGCCUGGAGCCGUGUCUCUCCGCCGCUUCCCAGAGUUUCUAGGACUGGAAGAGAAUAACUUGCUGAGAUGUCAGCUGGGCCUUCCCCCAGGGAAAGCCUGGAAAUGGAGAGCUUCCACACAAGGUUCAGUGCAUGGACACCUUUUAGCAACAAGUCAUUAAAUCGACAGCUUUUUCAGGAAAGAGUUGCUCUUAUAAGUCAUUGGUUUGACCUCUGGACCAACAAGCAACGUCAAGAAUUCUUAUGCACAAUUUUCUUACGAUGCAGCAAAUCACAGUUAAGGAUCGUCCAAGACUGGUUUUCAGAAAGGAUGCAAGUGGCCAAAGUGGAUUUCUCGACAGUGUUACCACGCUUCAUUUCUCUAUAUAUCUUUUCCUUUCUAAAUCCAAAAGAUUUAUGUGCAGCUGCCCAAGUCAGCUGGCCCUGGAAGUUUUUAACUGAACAGGACUGCUUAUGGAUGCCCAAAUGCAUUAAGUUUGGAUGGUUUCUGCCCUAUACUCCAGCAGAGAAUGAAUAUGGUGCCUGGAAGCACCAUUACAUUGCUUGUGUGUCCAACCUAGACUGGCUAACCCCUAGGGAAGCUGCUGCUGUUUAUGGAACCCUGAAUGAACCCAAAACAGAAGAUGAGGAGGUACAGGAGAGGCAGAGAGAAAAGCACCUAAGGAAAAUAAUUUGGGAGAAAAUUGUGCUACGUAAAAAGGAGUUGUUCAAAGUUCGACCCCCUUGGGUGAGUGGAACACGCUGCUCUAGAUUAUUCAAAUCCAAAUGCCAACCACGUCUCUCCCAGACCAUGAGGGACCAAGUGGGAUUACAGGAAACUCUGGAGAAACAGCUUGUUUUGGCAUCUUUAGAAGCUUUGCCCAAGCGAAGCAAUGUUUCUGGAUGCCACUCCUAUCCUUCACUUUCAAAGAAAAAUUGGUGUGGAGUUUAUAAAAAUGAUGGCAGCUCUUCACAUGCGCUCCAGCCCCACCUCAUAUUAAUAUCGUCUCGGAUUCCUGCAUAUGAGAUGGUGGUGAGCAGUGUCAGAACAGGCAUCAUUUCUGUGGUGUAUGACUACAGCAGCCUAACCUUGGAAAGCCUACUUUAUCUCACAGAGAAAGCUUUGGAUGGGCAGGAGGUACAGAGUAUGGGAAUAUUUAGUGAUGGAAACAGCAGAGAAAUCAACUUACUCCAAGGCUACAAAAUUGGUAUUAAAAACUUAUUGAGGCCUGAAGUGAGAGACUUCUGGGAGAAACUAGGAAGCUAUGUGGCCCCUGAAGAAGCAGGGGGUCACGUGGAUGUCUUUGUACCACUUGGAGCCUCAGAGGCAGGAAUAGAAGUUCUUUCUCAGCUGUCUCAACUAACUGGCACGUUAUUUACCGCCCCUGCUGGGAUUGCAACUGGCUCAUACCAACACAUUCUUAGUGACUGGCUGGGACGACCGUGGGAAAGGGCGCCCCCUUCCAUCUAUUUCAGCGAAGCAAAGCUGCAGGCAUGGUCCAACCUCACCGACUUUCUGGAAGACACCUUGAAAUCAGUAAGGAAACAAUUAAGUCCUCUCUUCAAGGACUUGAAGAAGAAUAUCAGUGGCAGGAUGAUAGGGCAAUUUAUAUUUGAUACCAUGGGUAUGGCUCACAUUCUGAAUAACCAAGAAAUUGCACAAGCUCUGGCAGAUGGAUUGACAGAACUUUCACAAGAAAAUUCUGAGAGAAAUGUUACAGAAGACAAUCCUCAGGAUGCAAAAUCAAGUCUCAAAAAUGACCCAAAUUUUGAGUUGGUGGUUAAGCUGGAGAGAAAGCUCCAGCUGGACUCGGCCGAAAAGCGAACCAGCAUCGUCAGGGAGCUCUUACAGAGUGAGAGAAAAUAUGUGCAGAUGCUAGAAAUUGUGAGAGAUGUUUACGCAAAGCCACUGAGAGCAGCACUGUCAUCAAACAGAGCAAUCCUAAGCGCUGCAAAUAUCCAGAUCAUUUUCUCUGAUAUUCUGAGGAUUUUAUGUCUUAACAGGCACUUUCUAGAGGACCUCAGAGACAGACUACAGGAAUGGGGCCCCGCUCACUGCGUGGGAGAUAUAUUCAUAAAAUUUGGAAGCCAGUUGAACACAUAUACCAAUUUCCUCAACAAUUACCCUGUGGUUCUGAAAACUAUUGAAAAGUGCCGAGAAGUGAUACCAGCAUUCCGAGCUUUCCUGAAGAGGCAUGAUAAGACGGUGGCUACCAAAAUGUUGAGCCUUCCAGAGCUGCUUUUGCACCCGUCCCGGAGGUUUGACGAAUAUAUGCACCUUCUCUAUGCGCUGAGGCUUCACACUCCUGCAGAACAUGUUGACCGUGGGGACUUGACCACUGCAAUUGACCAAAUCAGAAAAUACAAAGGUUACAUAGAGCAGAUGAAGCAAAACAUCAAUAUGAAAGAUCAGCUGUCAGACAUACAGAGCAUCAUCUGGGGAUGCCCUGCUCUAUCGGAAGUAAACAGAUAUCUGAUUAGGGUCCAAGAUGUAGCCCAACUUCAGUGCUGUGAUGAGGAAAUAAGUUUCUCUUUAAGGCUCUAUGAACAUACCCGUGAUCUCAGUCUUUUCCUCUUCAAUGAUGCACUGCUUGUUUCCAGUCGGGGCACAUCUCACACUCCAUUUGAAAGGACUUCAAAAUCAACCUACCAGUUCAUUGCAUCUGUGGCCCUUCAUAGGUUACUCAUAGAAGAUAUUCCAGAUUCUAAAUAUAUCAGGAAUGCAUUUAUUCUUCAAGGUCCAAAACAUGAGUGGAUUUGUGCUACCGAAGUUGAGGACGAUAAAUUCCUAUGGUUGUCAGUACUCCAAAAUGCCAUCAAAAGUAGUAUAGAAAAGUAAGCUUGGACUUAGAAUGUCAAGGGUGCCGAUCUGCCCUGGCAAAGACAGACAGCAUGUAUUUUCUGUUCCAGAAGAUGCAGUAAGAAGAAUAAUUAUUUCUCCCAUGGAUGAUGGGAGGAUGGACUAGGAUUACCCAUAAAGUUCCUCCUAAUUUUAAACUUUAUCAUCUAUGAUCAUUUAUGUGAAAGGAACAAUUUGAAUACAAACUUUUGAGCCACGUAUUUUGGCAGUUAUUUUUCAUGGACAGUAUUAUUUAAUUUGACUGACAAAACCUAAGACAGAAUAAGGAUAUUGGGUAAAGUUUUGUUUUAUGAUCAAAUAAAAAAUGAAAUAAUAAU